AUGUGCGCGUUGUUGUGGAGAUACACAGAAAUAAAACCGCUUGCAAUCGCCGAAAAAUCCCGUGGCUCAACAUCCAUGCCAACCUCCACGACCUGUACCCCUGGAAGACAAGAUGUGUUUGGAGUAGGCACCGCAGCAAUUGACAUCUGCCGCCCAGCCCGUUGUUUCCUCUCACCAGCACAGAGCCUCCUGUCACGUACUGCCGCGCCAUGUGACCUCGCAUUGAUAUGUAGUUACAGAGCCAUUGACAUCUGCCGCGCAGCCCCUUGUUUCCUCUCACUAGCACAGAGCCUGCUGUCACGUACCGCCGCCGCCAUGUGAUGUUGCAUACAUACGUAUUUACCGAGCCACUGAUAUCUGCCGCCGAGCGCCUUGCUUCGUGCCACUGUCACUGAGCCUCCUCCAAAUACCUGCCGCCGCCAUGUGAUGUUGCAUUGAUACGUAGUUAUUGGUAACAUAGAAUUUCAAGGCUCACCUCUAUUUUACAGCAAUUGACAUCUGCCGCC